AUGUCUAAUGAUCAGUUCAAUAGUUGGGAUGCCGUUUAUGAUCGAGAAAAUGAAAACUUUAAAGAGAUUGGAGAUAUUGGUGAGAUCUGGUUUGGAGAAGAAAGUGUAGAGAAAAUGGUCGAAUGGGUGACUGAAAAUGUGACUGAUCCUCAAACACACAUUGUCGACCUGGGAUGCGGAAAUGGUCAUUUAUUACUUGAACUCGCUCAAGAAGGAUACAAAUCACUUCAUGGCAUCGAUUAUUCAGAAUCAGCUGUCAUCUUGGCUCGAUCGAUCGUCAAGGAACGCCAAAUCGAAGGUGUUCGUUAUGAUGCGGUUGAUUUUUUGUCGAAUCCUCUGUGGUUUGAACACACGUAUGAAGUGGUUCUAGACAAAGGUACCUAUGAUGCCAUCUCUUUGCAUCCUGAUCAAGAAGAAGCAAAGAAACAGGGUCUGCCGGGUCCAAGAGAAAAAUAUGUCGAGGCCGUUCAUGCGAUGAUUGAUAAAGACAAGGGCUUAUUCUUGAUCACGAGUUGUAAUUGGACAAUGGAAGAAUUAAUAGAGAAUUUCAAACAAUAUUUCAAGUUUCACUCAAGCGUAAAAUACCCUGUAUUCCAAUUUGGUGGACACGUUGGCUCAAAGAUAUGCACUGUUGCAUUUCAGCCCAUUUAA